CUCUCGACAAAUUGUCAUUGCCUGUUUAUUAAAAUUUGAGCAACACACUAUUUAUUGUGAGAAUUGAGACUUGUGUCGUUCAUUGAGCACAAGCGUUUGGAAAUUUAAAAUAGAAAAAAACCAACAGAGAAAAUCUACUUCCGAAUUUUACAAUUGAAGAGAAUCUAAAAAUGGCUGAUAAGAAAGCUGAUUCCAAGGACGAGCAAUCCGAAAAGAAGUCGGGCGAUACUUUGUGGACGGGUGUCCUGCUCGAUAUACAAAAGGACAUCUGCGCCAUCUGUCGCAAUCAUUUGAAGCAGCUGUGCAUCGACUGUGAGGCGGAGCAGGGCAGCCACGUGAAGAAACUCGAGGAGAUGUGCCCCGAGGUGACCGGUAAAUGUAAUCAUGUCUUCCACUGGCAUUGCAUCUCGCCCUGGCUGAAGACCAAAACUGCUUGUCCCCUCGACUAUCGCACCUGGGAGUUUAAGUACACCGGCAAGGAGAAUCAAAAAUUUUAGAUCUUUCAUUUUUUUCUUAAGUGCUCUUCACUACGAGAGGCAUCACAAUGAACAAUGAACUCACUUCACUAAGAAUUCAUUCAAUAUAUAUGCUUCUACAAGCUAGAUAA